GAUGGAUUUCGUCCAAGGACUUCACGGAAGGCAAAAGAGGAAUUGGGAAUCGAGAAAGGACGAAAUUCUGGGUCGCGCUCGCCUUCCCCCUUCAGGCUGCAAAUGGAAAUGGACUGUGCCGCACUGUGAUUGGAUCAUCAUAUCAUGUGACCAGACGCGAUCUUGCAGCAAGUUGCUUCUUAACGCGUCCUCCUCGUCUUUGGCAUUGAGGAAAUUUCGUCACAAAAUGCACCCAUUUAUCUAGGGGAUACUCCCAGCCUGGCAUCAAAAGAUUCCUGUGGAUAGCUAUGACUGAUUUCAGGACCAAAAAUGUGCCACUGGACUGGAGUAGGGUGCUCCAGUUCGACGUGGACGGGCUGUCUCAGCAGCAUCCUGAGCAGAUUGAUAAAGAGCUAGAAGACCUAUAUGAGGUGCUGGUGGAAGCCCACUUGCGCCCAGGCGACCCGCAGGCAACACCCGAAAACCUGCUCCGCCUAUUCCGAGUAACCCAAGCUGUUAUGGAGAAUAAAAACCUUUACUUGGUACAAGCGGAAGAGGACAUACGCGCGCUUGAGACCCGAGUACAACAACAAGACGACGAGAUGGACGGGUUAAUGACCGGAGGAGACGCUUCAUACGUUGCAGAAAUUCGAACUCUUCGGGGAGAUAUUGAAGACCUUGAAAAGCGGAAUGACGCAUUGACCAGAGAUUUAGCUGAGGCUGAGGAGCAAUUGGAUGCUGAAAGGAGUACUAUGAGGGAGAUGACUGCGCAAUUAUCGACGGAGAGAGCGCGAGCAUCCGCCCUUGAAGAAGCUGCCACCCGUAUGAAGGCCGAAAUUAAGGACUAUCAAUCCCAGAUCCAGAACCGCAAAGACCGUUUGCAACUCAAGAAUAUGGACGAGGAUCAGAUCCGGAAGCAACUGCGGGAAAAGAACGGAGAGAUUAACCGCUAUCUUGCCGAGGUGGAACUGCUAAGUGCAGAGAAUACGAGGCUUACUGACGAAGUUCAGACAAUGUCUCAGGAAUUGGAGGCGACAGUAACGGAGUUGGACAGGAAGGAGAGCGAACUGGAGGAAAUUCAGCGCGUCAUUAUUGAUAAUGACAACACCAUCGAUCAAUUGAUCGACGAACGGGCGGCAUUGCAGACGAAGCUCGAAGAUUUGACCCAACAGGUUGAAACCGUGGGCUUUCAAGAUGAACGCUUCCUUACCGAGCUUCAGGAAGAGGUGGAAAGUUACAAGCAAGCGAUGCGGGAUUCAGAGUCCGAUGCCUCAGAAAAGGCCAUGUUGAUCCAGCGCUUGAAAGGCGACAUCUUGAAUUUGCAAGAGGAGCUGAAAACAUAUAAUGUGGAUGCGGUCAGCAAAGCGAUGAGUGAGAAGGAUGACAUCAUUGCAACAUUGCAGGACAAACUCAACGAAGCUUAUCACGAUUUCGAGCUUUUGAGCAUAGACUGGGACAAUAUUGAUAAGGCUCUCUACACAAAAAGUGAAAUUGACCUCGAUUCUCUUCGUAGUCAAUUGGAAACGGCGAAUCAAUUGAAAGAGAAACUGGACGCAUAUAAAGCUCGUCACAAAAAGAAUCUACAGAAGAUACGUGCCGUUGAUGCCCAAUUGGAGGAGAAGGAAAGAGAGUUGAUUGGUCUAAGGGAACGGAUCUCCCAAUACGAAGGAGGCGUGUAUGGAUUGCAAGAAGCAGUCAAGGAAAUUAAAGAUUUAAAAUUGCGGUUAAAUUUACGUGACAAAGACCUGCUGUCCCGCACCCAACAAAUCAACGAAUGGGAAAGGCGGCUGGGAGACCUAAUUGACGAAAACCAGGAAUUGCGGCGCCUACUAGGAAUGGAUGAGAAAUCUUCCGUGGAUGUGACAAAUGUCAAGCAUAUCAGAACUGUGGAACUCGAAAAAGCGCGGGCGCUUAACGAGCAACUUCAACAAGAAAUCGACCGACUCGAGGAGGAAAGACUUCAGCUGAAAGCGAGUUUGCGCCUUCGUGCUAUGGAACGAGGAGAACGGGCGGUCCAAUUAGGAAUGACGGCUGAAGAUAUGGCAGACGUUGAUGACUACGCUGAGAAAUUGCGAAUCAAGAGAGGAGAAGUUACCAGCGGCCACGCUCCAACUGCUACGGUCAUACAUAGUGAUCAACUUGAGAAGCUGGCUGUAGAGUUGGAGCGGGCACAGGUAGACGGAAGUGAAGCACGGCAGCAAGUCAAAAAACUUGAGGACGACAUGCGCCGCCUCCAAAAUGAUAAUGCAAAUCUAGAGGCUGCGGUCAAAGAAGUUUCCCGUACCCUCAUCCAGCUGCAACAUAGCAAUCAAGACAACUCGACGGAAUCCCUGCUGUCGGAAUUGAAUGCUGUCCACAAGCUGGUAGACAUCUUGGAAAAGAAGCAGAGAAUCGAGAAAACGCGUGAUUUGCUCGAGCUGGAUGCUGGAAAGGACGUUCUCAAAGUGAACCAGGCCUUGCGCGACGAUUUGCAAUCUGCUCGAGAUAAGAUUCGGCUAGCUCAGACAGAAUUGGAAAACCUACGUGCGGAAAUUAGGCAAAUCCGGGAGGAUCGAGAUCAUUGGAAACUGGAAGCGCAGAAUCCUAGAAAGCGUGCUGUUACUCUACCAACCGAGCUGUCGAUGGGUAGCGCUGAAGAUUAUAGGGCGCUAGUCGAGCAAUUGGUGGAAUGUAUUUUGGAACUUCAGACUAAAGAUGCGGCCCUAGAGCAGAGCAAAGCGGCCUUGGAGAAUUAUCGGGACUCAUAUGGUAUGCUGGCCGGGCGGCAGCGCCAACUGUAUCGGGAUUAUCAGAACCUAAAGCAAGAGAAUGCGGAAAAAGCGGCAGCACUGGAAGCGAAUCUACGCGAUGCAGAUGCAGCAAGGGAAGCGGCACAAACUCGCACGGAGGAACUCGAGACCUUGGUGGUCAUUCUGUCGGCCGGAUCGGAUGAGUUGAUCAAAAGCUCGCUAAUUGAAGUGCAGCGGAAACUCAUGGUCCUGAAGAUUAAUGAAAAAGCUUUGACCCGUCGAUACUUGGCAUUACAGGAGGUGGAAAGCGGGUUGAGAACGGAGAAUGAGAGAUUGAAGAAUGAUCUUCUACUCCUUGACAAAGCUUCCCGACAACGUAUUGGAUAUCUUGCAGCGUCCAAGCGCGAGGCAAAGAGUAAGGUCCAGAGGUUACUCUCGGAAUUAUCUGAGUCGGUGCCACGUAGCGAACAUACUCAGUUGGAGAAUCGCUUGAAUCUUUACGUCGCCAAAAGUCGGCAGCUUCUUGAGAAGGAACAACAUUGGAUCGGCGAAAGAAUCCGAUGUGAAGAAGAUGUACAACGUGCACAAACAUUACAGAGCAAAAUGCAUGUUGUUGAGCUUGAGUUAACGGAAGCCAAAGAGAAGUUGGAAGCGGCUCAUGCAAAUGCGCUGAGACUAGAAAGCACAGUGGUGCAGCUGGAGAAGAGCAUCGAUGAGCGCGACAAUAUCAUUUUCCAGUUGCGACUAGACCAAAAGAGCAGUAUGAGACUACUUCAAAAGAGUGCUAGCGAUUUGCGAGCAAAACUUGCUGGCGCGGUUUAUCUGGAUAAAUAUGAGCGCGCAUGCGAGCGUACGCGUAUUUUGGAGGCUCGCAAAACCGAAGUGGAUAAAAAUCUUCAGACGUUGCUGGACCAAAAACGAGCUCUUGAUGAUAACCUAGCUGAAACCAAAUUGAAGUUGGAAUCGCAGGAAGAACUUUUGGAAGCUCUUCGAAACCAUUCUGCAAGUACCGAACGUAUUGCAGCAUGGCACAGCAAAAUGGCAGCCUUGCAGCUGGCAGAUCUGCGGUUGCAGCGGGAUAUUGCUCGUGAGCGGGAAGCUUAUCACGCCACUAAAAGGGAACUGCGUGACAAUGUUGUUCGUUUGGCCCAACUGGAGGAAGAGUAUGUAUCAUUACAAAGUGAAUUCGACGCACGACAGCUGGAGUGGGAAAAACGACAGGGAGACCUUGAAGCAACUAUCUGCAACUAUGAAGAGGAGCGUGACCGCAUCUUUCAAGCAGCAACUGCUACAGAAUUCAAAGAUGUAGUCCCAGAUCGCAGUCUCCCGGUCGGUCAACAAUUGGAGACAGCCCUGCGUUUGCUAGUUGAGCGAGGGAGACUUGUCACGGCGCAGGAGAUCAAGAUAUCCACCCUGGAGGGCAAGGUCAGAACACUGGAAACCCAGCUGCAAACUAAUGUGGACGAGCUGUAUAAAAGUAAAUCAGACUUGACGCAUUUGCGUCUCGAAGUCACAACAAAGCAAAUACACGAAACGAACACCGCUCAUAACAUCAUCACCGCCAAGGAAGGAGUUUCUACCUUCGACCAGGUGCGGGAUCGGGAGGGCGAGGCAAUUCGAGUGGCCAAAGAAACUGUUGCGUCGCUGCAGAGACAAUUGUCCGCUAAAGAUGAGCUUGUAGAAAAGUAUCGCAAAAUGCUGAAAGAUGUGCGCGGGGAAAUGAUGUCCCAUAAGGAGGAGUACAAAACCGCCUUGCAAGAGCGUACGGAUACAAUCAAUGCAUUAAGUGACAGGCAAUUGGAAAGGAUUCGGCGACCUCACGAGCAUUCCCAAAGUACAGCAAACCGUGAACCAGAGGCUGACAGUGGAGCCAUUGAAGAAUGGGAGAAGAUGCUAGCUGCCAAGGAACAGGAACUUUUAGGUUUGCAACUGCGGAUGAAGGGAAUUGAGGAAGUGGCCGAGGCGACACGUAGUGACCUGCAGGAGAAGAUUCACUUGUUGACUGCAGAGCUUGACGAAAAGCAGAACCAGAUAGAUGGAAAGAUGCUGGAGUUGAGCAACAUACGUUUGGAGCUGAAAGAAGCGCAGCUGAAAGCUGAAGAGCCUCCCUCCAAGAAAAUGGUCAACCUUGUCAAUCAGUUGCGGCAGGAGUUAGAAAAGAAAGAUGCCAAGCAAGCUAACCUGAUUAAAGUCAUUCAAGAGCUCAAACAAUCAAUGAUGCAGACAGCGGAAGAAGCUGCGAAAAUGAAAAUCGAAGAGAGCCACGGGCGAGCGGACGUGGAGGAGUUGGUACAACAGCGUACGAGGGAGUUGAGUGACCAGAUUGCGGAGCUUGAGGGUAAAGGGCAAAGGAUCAACAAAGCAAAUGCUGGGGAACGGACCGAAGAACAACUUGAAAAGUCUAUACAGAAGCUAAAGGAGGAAGUUAGCAGACGUGAUACUGUGAUAGCAAACCAGGCGACAGAAAUACGCAAGCUGCAAGGAAAUCUGAAGGAGCGCAAAUUGCAGAUGACAAACAGCAAGAUCAGUGAAGCACGUAAUAAGGAUCCUCACAAGCAUCAAACUUCAGAAGAAGGGACUCUUGGAAGAAUCCGCGAUCACCAGCCUCGAGCCGCCCAGGCUCUCAGAGCUGAAGAAGACAAAAUUACUGACAUUGCAAAGGAGAGAUGGGAGAUGGAGAAAAAAUACCAGAAACGCUUGGAAACACUCAAGGAAAAGCUUUCUAAUAAAAUCAAAGAGUUAGAAGAGGCCUCACGCACAAUAUCUAGCUUACGUGAAUCCCUUGCUCGGACCGAACGUGAGCGCAGCCGACUGCAGCAUAAGCUGCAAGCUGCUUCCGCGCAAUUAGCAGUCGCGCGGCAACUGCCGAAGGGUCAAGCAUAUGGUGAGGGCAUCUCUGAGGAACUUCAAGGUGAGGAGCAAGCACUAGAACACCGAAGGCACCUCGAUGAGCUAGAGAAAUCGCGGCAACAAAUAUAUGAGCUGGAAACGGCAAUCGAGCAGUGGAAGAAGCGCGCAGUCUUACAGCCAACCAAGGAAACAGAACAAGCGCGACAUGAGGCCCGACAACUCCGAGAGCGCCUUCAAACUCUGGAAGAACUUAACGACCAACUACGCAGGAGCAGAGGCGCCUUCUCACGGUCGCCCGAACCAGGUGGGAUUAAUCCAGAUGCAAAGAUGGGUGAAAAGACAGCCAGUCUUGUCAGCGUGCUGGAGAGCAGAAUUCGGGACUUUGUGAACAAAUACGAAGCGCUCGAAACGGAGAAGCUCAAAACCGACAAUGAUUUGCUGGAAUGCCGGUUUGAGAGGGAUGAAGCAAACGACGCAAGAAUGCGCCUUGAGCGGAGGUUACAAGAACUUGAAGAGUACCUAUCCCAGAUCAAAGAAGCCGAAGAAAAGCGAAAAGUGGCUGAAAAUCAGGCUACAAUACCCGGCUUCACCAUACCCCUCACCAAACUCCGGAGUGCGCCUCACCUGUUUUUGGAGCGAUCGCCUCAAGAGCUGGUAGCAGUCAUACAACAUCUCGCCCGGAGCAAUGAAAGACUACGGAAAGACUGUGAAAGCGUGAAAAAGUAUGGAGCAAGCCAGAGCAAGUAUAUGGAAGCGGUUAAGGAGAUCAAGCGGCUAAAGAAGGAGCUCGGACAGAAAGGAGAGGAAACAAGAGCAGUGUCGGACGAAAUGAAAAGAAUUGCAAGGGUGGAAGAAGAGAAUGCAAAGCUACUCCGUCAGCUUCGUCAAGAAAGGGAUAAAGCCACCAAACACUUUGCUCGGGGACAGGAACUGGAGAUGGCCAAAGAGAAACUCCAUGAUGAGCUCAUGCAAGUUCGGAAGACUUUAGGUGGAAUAAAACUUGGCACCCCUGGAAUUAAUGAAGAUGAACACUCUGAGGAAGAGAAAAUGGACGUUGAGGCGCUGGUGGAAAGGCUAAAGGAAUUGACGAAGCAAUUGGCUGAACGAGAUGGAAUGAUAGAAGGUUUUCUCAAAACAGACAACAACGAAACCACUAAUCUUGCUGCGGAGAAUCGCAAACUGAGCAGAGAGCUUGAAAUGUGGCGAGUACGUGCAACAAAGCUCACAGAGCAGAUAGCAUCAGAGACAUCCCGAUCACGACAACAUGUCGUCAAACCGGGUGGCGAGGAUGCAACCCGCGGCGCUUCACCGUCUGCUCUACCACGCGAUAGUGAAGAGCUGGCGGCCCUGCAAAAUAGAUUGGAUCAAGUCGAAAGGGAAAACGCGGAGCUCAAAGAUGAGCUAGCUGCGUUUGAUCCUGCCUUUUUCGAGGAAUUGGAGGAUCUCAAAUGGAACUAUCGGGAGAGCGUGCGUGUCAACCUUCAAUAUGAGGAAAUAAUACGGGAUUUAUGUGAAAAGGCGGGCGUCAGCCCUCACGCGGUACUUACGACAGUUGAAAAGGAUGACCCCGAGGGUGGUGGAGGAUGAUGAUGUUCUAGUUGAUACUUUAUACAUGGUUUCCUGUGGAAGAUGAAAAUGCGGGCCCUUCUCGCCUAUAUAUGGGUGAUUUAGUGUUUUUGAUGGUUCGCUUCGUUCAAAUGAAGUGUAUUGAAAGCUGUCUCGCUCAAUCUCCACGCUUCCUUUUUGUUCCCCUCUCC